UGACCAGCGGAGCCGGAGCCCCAGCCUCGCCAUGGGGCAUAACGGUAGCUGGACCUCGCGCAACGCCAGCGAGCCGCGCAACGCGUCGGGCGCCGAGGCGGCGGGCGCCAACCGCAGCGCGCUCGGGGAGUUCGGCGAGGCGCAGCUGUACCGCCAGUUCACCACCACCGUGCAGGUCGUCAUCUUCAUCGGCUCGCUGCUCGGAAACUUCAUGGUGUUAUGGUCAACUUGCCGCACAACCGUGUUCAAAUCUGUCACCAACAGGUUCAUUAAAAACCUGGCCUGCUCGGGGAUUUGUGCCAGCCUGGUGUGCGUGCCCUUCGACAUCGUUCUCAGCGCCAGUCCGCACUGCUGCUGGUGGAUCCACACCAUGCUCUUCUGCAAGGUCGUCAAGUUUUUGCACAAAGUCUUCUGCUCUGUGACUAUCCUCAGCUUCCCUGCCAUUGCCUUGGACAGGUACUACUCAGUCCUCUAUCCGCUGGAGAGAAAAAUAUCUGACGCCAAGUCCCGUGAACUGGUGAUGUACAUCUGGGCCCACGCAGUGGUGGCCAGCGUCCCUGUGUUUGCAGUGACCAAUGUGGCUGACAUCUAUGCCAUGUCCACCUGCACCGAAGUCUGGAGCAACUCCCUGGGCCACCUGGUAUACGUUCUGAUCUAUAACAUCACCACGGUCAUUGUGCCCGUGGCUGUGGUGUUCCUCUUCUUGAUACUGAUCCGACGGGCCCUGAGUGCCAGCCAGAAGAAGAAGGUCAUCAUAGCAGCGCUCCGGACCCCACAGAACACCAUCUCUAUCCCCUAUGCCUCCCAGCGGGAGGCCGAGCUGCACGCCACCCUGCUCUCCAUGGUGAUGGUCUUCAUCUUGUGUAGCGUGCCCUAUGCCACCCUGGUCGUGUACCAGACUGUGCUCAAUGUCCCUGACACUUCCAUCUUCUUGCUACUCACUGCCAUUUGGCUGCCCAAAGUCUCUCUUCUGGCAAACCCUGUGCUCUUUCUUACUGUGAACAAAUCUGUCCGCAAGUGCUUGGUAGGGACCUUGGUACAACUGCACCACCGGUACAGUCGCCGCAAUGUGGUUAGUACAGGGGGCGGAAUGGCUGAUGCCAGCCUGGAGCCCAGCAUGCGCUCGGGCAGCCAGCUCCUGGAGAUGUUCCACAUUGGGCAGCAGCAGAUCUUUAAGCCCACGGAGGAUGAGGAAGAGAGCGAAGCCAAGUACACUGGCUCAGCUGACCUCCAGGCCAAGGAGAUACUUACUGGCUGCCUGGAGGGAGAGCAGGGGCCACAGUUCGCUCCCCCUGCCCCACCCCCGGGCACAGUGGACUCUGUAUCCCAGGUGGCAGCAGCAGCCUCUGUGGAACCUGAGACAUUCCCUGAAAAGUAUUCCCUACAAUUUGGCUUUGGGCCUUUUGAGUUGCCUCCUCAGUGGCUCUCAGAGACCCGAAACAGUAAGAAGCGGCUGCUUCCCCCCUUGGGUAACACCCCAGAGGAGCUGAUCCAGACAAAGAUGCCCAAGGUAGGCAGGGUGGAGCGAAAGAUGAGCAGAAACAAUAAAGUGAGCAUUUUCCCAAAGGUGGAUUCCUAGCAAGGAUUGUAAAUCCCUGGAUGCAACAGGGAGCUUCCACGUUCCUGCCCUCCCUGAGUUGGCCCUGUGCUUUCCGUGAUGUCAUUGCAACCCAGUCUGGGUUGACUCCUCCUGUAUGGGCCAGAUGCUGUUGAGUGAGAGGGAAAUCUAUGUAAAAUCAAAUGUCCUCUUUAUUGAGGGAGUAUAUACAUUUAUCUCAGUGGCCCAUGUCCUUAGUAAAGUCCACAUUCCUUUGUGGAGACGAAAGCUGGGCAGUGUGGCACGGGUCUCGGGGUGGGUCCUCCGUGUGCAUUUUCUGAGGACUCCUUAGUCCCCUGGGCCCAGCAGAGAAUACAAGGAGAGAAGACCAUCCAUGAGCUUCAAGGGAGCAGGGCACUCGAAGGGGAGCCCAGGAUAACUGUGGAACAGCGUGGCCACAAAGGAAAUGCCUAUGUGAUUGACUUAAACGUGACAAAUGCUAAAAAUUUUUUAUAUUGAUCUCUCUCUUCAGAGAAGACAGGGACUUGGCAUUGACAUCUUUCCUCUGGAAGGCCCAGUCAUAUGCUUCACAGUUUCUCCCAAAAAAAUGCAAAGUUAGUAGAAACUGGGUCCUCUGGAAACAUCCAGCUAAAAAUACUUGAUUAGGAAAGGUAAUUCUGCCCAAAAGAGUGGGAAAAGUCAGACAAAGAUGUCUCCCUUCUGGGGACUCCAGAACUCAGGUGUGGCCAGUCUCAUUUUCAGUCUGUUUGUACAACUGUGGUCCCCCCUUCAUUUUGGACACAAUGGAGGAACAGAAUAGGGAGAAAGGAUGAAUCAUUGUAAAAUGCCGAGAAAACCCCUAGUCCAGGUGAGCUCUCCACUCCCUCUUUCCCAGUGAAGUUUCAGCAGGAGCCAGACUGGACGGAAGAGGGAGGACCGUGUCCUCGACUCCUUACACCCUGGGGCUCUUGCAGGCAGUGUGAGUCCACUUCCCAUGGAUUUCACCAGGCUGAAUUCAAACCACAGACGACACUUCACUCUUACUGAGGGCAACUCAAGUGCCAGCUCUGCUCCUCUCUCCGGGGCAUUUUGUUCUUGUUAAAACAUGUAGGGGAGCCAGUCCAGUGCCUUGAGCAAGCUUGAAGGGGAGUGGACAUUCUCACUGGCACACUCCUGCACCCCACAGGCAGUGGUCCUCACACAUCUCCUGUUCCCACACUGGCCCCUGUCCGUCGGAGGAACUCAGACUGCGUGCAGGGAGUGUCCUUUUCCUUUCCUCUCCUGGCUGUGCUGUCUCUUGAUUCCAGAAUAUGAACCCAAAGACCCUUCCCCUGCAGAGGGAGCGUCUUCCUCUUUGUGCUUUGUCUCCUCACAGCACUGUGUGCUCACAGCAGAAACCGGACCUGUGCCCCGCCCGGCGCCCUGCCCCCCAGCCCUCCGUGCAUGCCAUCUGUAGGUCCUUGCCCUGAGAGUUAACGUGUGGCCCUUCAAGCUUAUGUUUCAGAAGCUUCACAAUUGUUACAGCUUUCAUCAAGAGGAAUCAUAAUCUGUCAGAAAAUCUCGUCCACUUUAGGAGAAUCUGUCAAGUGUAGCCACUUUGGUGUCGUUCUGAUAAUAUAUAUGUCCAACUUCAUAAAUUCUGGGCAGAAUUUGGCAGGUAUUUCUCGUGUAGGUUUGAAGCAGUUGCUUGACUUCUAACAGGUCGUUGCCA